GAAUCGCAGCCGAGAAGAAAAACUAGAAGCAGCCGAACUGGAGAGUCAAAAAAGCUGCAAAAAAAUUACACGCAGUGAAGAUUGAAAACUCAGCUACGGAGAAACUCGACGUAAGCAGCGAAAACGCGUGGAGUUGUGCGGUUUUCCACCAGCGAGCAUAAAGUUCAAUAGGUGUGUAAGCGAAAAGUGUUCGAAAUAGUGCAUAAAUUCGCUGUUUUCUGUUGCUUCUUUCGGGUUGAAGGUGCACUCUACACACACUCGGUCGCAUCGCGGCUCAAGGUGUGUUUCUCUUGUUACUCGUUCCUCUGCGCGUGCUGUUUUAUGUUGAAUAGAGUUUUUCUGCUACGGUGAAUCUGGUUCGGUUGUUGGUUUGGGGGGCGUUUUUGCUUCGUAUUUCGUGAAAUGUGUAGCUAUCAGAUAAGCGAAGACGAUAAAAAGGUUUAGGGAAGUGAAAAGUUUGUAGAAGAAAUUACUCAUCGCUCCUCCCGUACUCCCCCCACUUCAUUCGCCGUCACCCUCCACCAGCGUCGCCGCUACCGCCGCGCCCAGCCACACCAACAGAGAAGGAGUACUAGAUCAUCGUGACAGUUGUGAACACACACAGUGAACAAGUGUCAAAACCGUCGUCAUCGCAUCGCUGCAACCUCCUCGUUCAGUUUCAAGUCCCAAGAUUAUUUGGUGGUGGAUAUUCUAAUUGCGUGCUUACUACUAUUAUUGCCAUCGUUUCAAGAGGGUUUUCCGUGGAACCACCGGAGGGUAGCAAUUCAGGACAACAAACCCCGCACACCACAGGCACUACACAAUGGCGGAUGUUGACGAUGUGAUAAGCGACCAGGACAAGAUCCGGAUCGCGUCCGACUUCCUGAUGCAUGCUCCGCCCGGUGAGUUCAACGAAGUGUUCAACGAUGUGCGCGAGCUGCUGAACGACGAUCGGCUGCUGAAGGAAGGUGCCAGUGCCGCCUGCGCCCAGUACAACAAGGACCAGCUCACUCCAGUCAUUCUCGAGAACUCCGAGAUAGCCGUGCUGGUCACAGAGUUUAACGAUCUCGGUGGUGGCCGCUUCUUCGAUCCGCGCAGCAAGCAAAGCUUCAAGUUCGAUCACCUGCGCAAGGAAGCCUCCGAUCUGCAGAACCACGACGGCGACCACACGUCGGAACAGUGGCGUGCGAUGCUGGACAUUGAGACGCUCACAUACAGCGCCAACCACUACCGCAACGGGUCCUGCUCGGUGUUUGGCCGAACGGUAAACGGACAGAUAACGCUCAACGUCUGCAUCGAGGACCACCAGUUUCAGCCGAAGAAUUUCUGGAACGGCCGGUGGCGCUCCGUCUGGGCGAUCACGUUCCCCGCGUCCGGUGGCGGUACGGCCGAGCUGAAGGGUUCGCUGAAGCUACAGGUCCACUACUACGAGGACGGCAAUGUGCAGCUGGUGUCGGCGAAGGACUGCCGCGAGACGGUACCGAUCACGAACGAGGCCAACACGGCAAAGGAGAUCAUACGACUGAUCGAGGAGAGCGAGCACGACUACCAGACGGCAAUAUCGGAGAACUAUCAGACAAUGUCCGAUACGACGUUCAAGGCGCUCCGGCGGCAACUGCCGGUAACGCGAACGAAAAUCGACUGGAGUAAGAUAGUAUCCUAUAGCAUCGGUAAGGAACUGAAGACGCAGUAGAUGCGGCCCGGCGCGGUGUGGUAGGUAAGGUGUGAGUGAGUGAUGAUUAUGAUGAUGAUGAUGAUGAUGAUGAUACGGAAGCAAGCGAACCCGGUGAGAACGGAACACGAUCGGAUGUUGCUGGGCAGUCGUCCGACAGCGAGACACGAUGUUGUGUGUGUGUACGGGAAGUAGGGAAAAAGGGAAGGAACGCUUUUUGUUUUGUUAGUUUCGUUCGUACAAUACACACACACACACACACACACACACACACUUACAUAGAGAGAAAGAGGGAGAGCAAACGGCAAUGCCUAGUGGAGUUCACUGGAAGGACGCGCCACACCUGCUGCAUACAAGAGAGAUCCACACGAAGGAUCAAAGUCCUUGGAAGCCACACACACAUACACAGAUAGAGAUUAAUAGUGGUUGUGUGUUUCAUUUGCUCUAGAUGGGGACCGAUCUCUAUUAGUUGCUUGUUUUGCUACUGUUGAUCCUCGUUUUCCUGGUGUGUGUGUGUUUUUCUUUUGCGAGCCUUGCGAGUGUCUUUUUUCGGUUUUUUUUAUUUUAAUAACAGAAACAAGAAACCUACUCUGUAGUGUAAGACGACCGACACAUCUUGAGAAGCAAAAGAGGGACAGUUAGGGACACCGCUUAGGCGGUAGAACGCGAGAACGAAAGCACAUAUAAUACAACGCGACACGAACAGGCUAAGCUGAGUGCGGGGCAAAUAAAUAUCGAAAAAAGAGAAUAAAACUAAUUUAACUAUUUAACCCCCUUCCAUCUCCCAUCCUUUCUCGUGCAAAGAAAGUGCAUCCAGAAUCGGGGAAGAAAUAGUAGGCCAGGCGCACGAGUGAGUUUGUUGGAAUGGGUAGGACGCAUUUUUGUUCCGCGGUUCCGCAUUUGUUGUUAACGGAUGGAUGGAAGUGGAUUUAAGAAAUUUGAACAAGGAUCGUGAGUGUGAGGAUCGUUCUUCUUGCCUCUCGCUUUAUCGGUUCGGAGUAGCGCUAGUGUUACAGAAGGGGACGGGGAUGAGAUACAGAAAAGGAAGGAACACCGAAUGUGAGGAAGCCCUUAUUGUUGCCCCAUUUGUACCAAGCAUAGGUGUUUUUUUUUUACGGCGUUUGACGAUACAUAAGCAUUGACGAAUUGCUUUGCCUUUCUCGAAAAAAAAACCUACAAAAGGACCUGCAAAACACGCACAUUUCUUACGUUUGUCUCCUACAUUUUUUAAUUUUAUCUAUUUAACAAAACAAAAACUGCCCUUUCGGAAUGGCCCUGGCGAGGAAACUGGAAACGAGAACUGUUUUGAGGAAAAUUUCGUUUGCUUGCCAGUUUGGAACUGCAUUUAAGAACAAAAAAGCACUUAGAACAGAAACACAGAAACAGGAAACGAUCGUUGAAGAAUAUAAAAACUGAAGGUAAGCAGCCGAGCACUAUAUUGUUCAGUCGUAAAGUAGUUUAUGAAAUGCCGCGUAAUUUCGAUACCACCGUUUCAAGUGUGUGUGUUUCCAAUCUUGUCUUUCGCGCGGAGCUGGAGCUUAAUUGCUUGUGACUAAGACUUUGCCCGAGACUUUGUCGGACUUUUGUGUGUUUUGGUUUUGUUUCGCUUGGUGCGCCACACGUGUAAAGAAACAAAAAGAAAAUCUGGGAAAAAAGCCAAACUGCAAACGAAAUGCAGACACUUUGGAGCAUGUGAGAAUUCGUGUUAGUAGAAUAGUGAAAAGAACUGGUUAACAUUGCGAAUGAUAAAGCAGCGGCAGCAGUUGCGCUGCUAAUUAUUACAGAUUAAUUGGAAGGAUGUGUAACGACGAGCUGAGGGAGGCAAAGCAGCAGAAGAUGAAGGGUAGUUAAUACGCGGAACGGCAAGCGAAGAGAAGAACUCCGAGCGUUCUCCGAACCAACCAACUUGCUGCGCGGAUGCUGCAAUGAGCCGUAAUUCGUUCGGCUGCAGCCGCAUGGAUAUGAACCCAUGCGCUGAUGA